AUCACACUUCCUGAUCCAUCAUGUGCCAACCGCAGCGAUGUAUACUGCGCAACUAGAUUUCUACCAUUAUUCCUUAUCCUUCUGUACUCUUACUUAGUACUCUAGGGGAAGAAGGUUAGGAUGAGAAUGUAUAUAUAUCCUCUGCUCUUGGUUUACUUUGGUUCAGUUUCUACUGGAAAUAAAUAAUGUGGUACCCCAGAUACCCUCCCCUCCCAUAUCUAUAAAUAUAUGUAUAUACUCCGUAUAUAUAUCCCCAAGCAAGAUGCCUCACGCCACCACCACCACCACUCCACCUCUCUCCGAGGAAGAGGAACUACACCUCUCCACCCAAGAAGCCCUAACCUGCACCACCUGCGCCAUCACCCACAUUCCCAAGACCAUCUUCCACCGGGACCAGACCACCGGCAUCUACAAUACAUCCCGGAGUCCACCGUUCCAAGUUACCAGCGGGACUUGGAUUCCUAGAGAGGAGGAACAUCUAGCGCCGGAAGAAAUGCCCACAUCCUCAUUAUCCUCAGUCAACUACGACCACCAAGACAAUGAUAACAAUCAUGAUAAUGACGAUACUACACCCCCCCACCCCCCUCACGACCCUACCCACGACCGUCACCCCUCCGACCCCUUCACUCGCUACCAACUAGCCUACCACAUCCACAUCCACUACCUCCUCCGCCGAGGGGUAUUAUCCCUCUGCCGAGAUGUGAAAGACGUAUACGAGCUGAAAGCAUGGAGGGGCAAGAUACACGAGAUGGAUAUGAGACAGCCCCGGGAGGAGAAAGAGGGGGUAGGAUGGCAGACGCGGUCGAGAAUGGGAUGGGUGAAUGAUGGGAAUCUGUUGAUGGUGUAUCAGAUGGCGUUGUGGAGGAAACGCGGGGCGGGGAGGUUGAAGAGGGUGGAGGAGAGUAGGGCCAGAUGGGCGGGGAUUGUGGAGGAGAGGAGGAGACAGCGGCAGAAGCAGAGGGGUAGUGUGCGGGUGAGGGUGUAUUGUUCGCAGGCGGGGGAUCGGUGUUUGCUUAGGGAGGUGGAGAUGGAUGAGGUGGGAGAGAAGAUUCGAUGAGUUGUGGUGGUGUAGGUUCGAGGGACGCAUCACGGGCUACGAGCAUGUUGUCUAUACAUUGCUCGGAUAGAGCUGGAGGUAUGGGAGGGGAGGAAUGAAGGGCACAUGUCGCGUCUAUUGCCGUGUCCUACCGCCUGCCUUGCUUUUGUACCAUGUACAUGCACCAACUGGUGAUUCAAUCAUAUCAUUUCAUCACAUACAGCGCUCGGUGAUAUCCAAUGUCGCUGCUAUCAACUAUUCCACAGACAUGCAGUCAUCCGGGUCAUAAUAUCCCCCAGAUGGCCGCAUCCC